UUUAAAAAGGACUUUCUUCCUCCUCUGGCGAGCGAUGGACGAGAGCGUUGUGGUGCGCCGGAUCAUUCCCGCGGACAACAGUUGCCUCUUCAAUGCGGUCGGGUACGUGAUGGAGCACAACAAGAGCAAAUCCUCGGAAUUGAGAGAGGUUAUCGCCGCCACUGUGAUUAGCGAUCCCGAGUCUUACAAUGAGGCAUUCCUUGGCAAGCCAAACGGCGACUAUUGCCAGUGGAUACUUAAUCCCGAGAAAUGGGGAGGAGCGAUUGAGCUCGCGAUUUUGUCGGCCUAUUAUAGACGCGAGAUAGCUGCAUAUGAUAUUCAAACUACACGCUGUGAUCUCUAUGGCCAGGAUAAAAGCUACCAAGAGCGUGUCAUGGUUAUCUAUGAUGGAUUGCACUAUGAUGCUCUUGCGUUGGCUCCUUUUGCGGGUGCUCCUGAAGACGUCGAUCAAACAGUUUUCAAGGUGGACGAGUAUGGCCACAUUGGUCCAGCGGAGCGUUUGGCAGUGAAACUAGUCGAGGAAUCUCACAGGAACCGGAAGUUCACAGAUACUGCGAGCUUCACGCUGCGUUGUGGAAUUUGCCAAGAAGGCGUGGUGGGACAAAAGGAAGCUGUGGAGCACGCGAAGCUCACCGGGCACACCAAUUUCCAGGAGUUUAGAUAACACUGUGAAGUUGGAGUGAGAGAACUAGACAACGCUGUUACUAUAGCGAGACAAGCUUUGGAUCUCUCGUCCUGUUCUACCUUUUGGUGGUUUUUGACGAGAGAUUACGUGUUGUAAUACUACUGCAACGUGCGCCGUUGGAUGCGUGACGCGUGUCUCGUGUCGCAUCCAACGGCUCUGAACCGCAUUUUGCAUCGAGCUUGCCAACCA